UGGAUAUAAGUUUCGCGUGUGAUCUUGAGUGUCUGAGAGCGUCUCAGCUCUGGGAGGAGGGCCUUGUGAUUCCAGUUUCACCGCAAUCUAACGAGGAGCUGCGGUGUUUAAUCGCUCUCUCUUGUAAUUGCAUUACUGUGGCUGCAUUUAAAUAGCCUCAUUAGUAUUUUAUAUCAUCAUUGGACCCUUAAUUCUUCCUUGGCUGUUUUCUUAAAGACUAACUGAAGAGCUGAAUCCAGAGACAGCGUCCUAAUUUGAUACUUUGGAUCUCCUACCCUGAAGACUUUUCGUUUGGAGGACUCAAAAGGUUCAGGAGAGUGACAGUGAUUUGUUUUUACUGCUGAAGGGAGAAUUUACUACGGUCAUGCUUAUCGAUCAAUCCCCAUUCCUCAAAUUCCUGAGGGUGGUGGGGCACUUGUGAAGGAAUGCGGCAGAAAAAAAACAGGGGAAAUUGAGCUAAAUUAAUUUUUGUUUCCACAUGUUUAUCAUAAAAGGAAGAAGAGCAGGAUUUGUUUUGUUAAAGUGCUGCAGCUUAAUCCCUAAUAGUCAGAAAUCUGUAAAAAAACAACAGUAUCUUACUGAUGAGUCUGUUUGCGACCUGCUUUUUUUCUGACCUCCUUCUCAACUUUCAUCUCCUGCAAUCAAAAGAUUAGGAAGGCGUGAUGUGUCACGCAGGGAACCUCGUCACAUGCGAAAGACCAUCUAAGCCUUCACGUCAGCGCUUUUCCCAUUCAGAGGUUUUGUUUUUUUGCAGUUCCAGUGAAGUGUUUGAAUGCCCCUCCUGUAGUGAUGACAUCUCUCAUCCAUGAGGAGCAGAGAAAAGAGUCUGGCAGCAGCCCGGCUACCAGUGAUGACAGAGACAUGUUCCUGCCGAGCCUUCUAUAAAUCAUCUGAAGCAUGAAAGGGAGCCCUUGCCAAAGCUGUCUGAUUAAUGGAUUCCCAUGUUUAAAGUUGGCCUCUACGAUUUGAUGAACGACAUUAAGAAAAAGCUGAUAUUUGAGAAGGAGGGAGUUUACCUCCACACAAAUGCCAAGAGGAGUAACCAGGACACAACCAUCCCCGGGUUCAUCCGCAUUGUGGAGCGGGCCGGAUUGCCAGCUUUAGAGUGGAGCCCACUGGAGGAUGAAGGCCGCAGCGCCCCCGCUGUGCUCUACACCAAAAAGGAUGGAGAAGGAGGAGAGGAGGAUACAAACUUCGACCCUGGGUAUGAGCCCGACUGGGCCGUAAUCAGCACGGUGAAGAAGGAACGAGAUCCGGUCCCUCUCAAAGACUCGGGUCAGUGGUCGUUCUCGCUGCCUCUCUCAGAGCUGUACUCUCUCCGGAGGGCUCGGUUCUCUUUGGGGCGAAACUUCCUGGUGCUGACAAGUAGAGGCGGCCACCCGCUGCCGGCUCUGCACUUCCACAGAGGAGGAACCAGGGAGCUGUUUAGGGCCCUGCAGCGUUACAUCAUGCUGGACCAGUCACCGGUGGACGGGCGGCUGUUCAUUGCCUACCCUCACGACCCGGACGCUCUCUCUCAGUCCUUCGAUAAGCUGCAACUGUUCGACGACGGAGGCGCUGAUCUUGUUUCGAGAUUCAUCCAGGACCCAUAUGCCACCACAUUUGGGGGAUUCUCCAAAGUCACCAAUUUCUUCAAAGCGGCACUUAAACCUCCGGGUUCCCCCGCCCACUUCCGUACUGCUCAGGACCCAAGUUUGCCCCCCCACUCCGAUGAAGAGCCGGGCUUCGAACUCAUCAACUGUGGCGUAGAGCUCGGUCCAAGACCAGACGUGACCAGGGGACAACCUUUGAACAAAUGGGACGAAUUUCUGGACCGAGAGGGGCGAGUGAAGAACCCGGAGAAGAUCAAAGAGCUUGUGUUCAGAGGGGGUGUCACUCCGUCCCUGAGGAAGGAGGUAUGGAAGUUCCUCCUGGGCUUUUACCCGUGGAACAGCACGGUGAAGGAAAGGGAGGACAUUCUGCGGUUCAAAACGGACGAGUACUUCAGAAUGAAGGUGCAGUGGAAGUCGGUUAGUGAAGAGCAGGAGAUGAGGAACUCCCUCCUCAGAGGAUACAGGAGCCUGAUAGAGAGAGAUGUCAGCAGGACAGACAGACACAAUACGUUCUUCUCCGGGAACGACAACCCAGGACUGACUCUGCUGCACGAUGUGCUGAUGACGUACUGCAUGUACAACUUUGAUCUUGGUUAUGUCCAGGGGAUGAGCGAUCUCCUGUCUCCUCUCCUCUUCGUCACCCAGAACGAGGUGGAGUCCUUCUGGUGUCUGACGGGCUUCAUGGAGCUGGUGCACCAGAACUUUGAGGAGUCUCAGGAGGCCAUGAAGCUGCAGCUCCUUCAGCUCAGCAUCCUGCUGAAGGCUCUGGACCCGGAGCUGUGUGACUUCCUGGACUCUCAGGACAGCGGCUCUCUGUGCUUCUGCUUCCGCUGGCUGCUCAUCUGGUUCAAGAGAGAGUUUUCCUUCGAGGACAUCCUUAUAAUGUGGGAGGUGGCCUGGUCUGGUCUGCCGUGCGACAACUUCCACCUGCUGAUCGCCUGUUCAAUCCUGGAGUCCCAGAGAGGCGAGCUGAUCGGCUCAGACCACGACUUCAACACUAUUCUGAAACACAUUAACGAGCUGACGAUGAAGUUGGACCUGCAGAGCGUCCUGCGAGGAGCGGAGGCCAUCUACCUGCAGCUGACUCAGUGCAAGGAGCUUCCCCUGAAGGUGCAGCAGGUCCUGGGUCUCUACGUCCCGUCCAGCUCCGAGGAGGACAGCCCGGACUCCCAGGCCAGCGACACGCAACGCCUCCUCUGCGAGUCCCAGGAAGGAGCCGCUUCUGCUAGUUCAGCACGUGUUCCCACCUAUCCUUAAAUCUGCAGGUCAGCUAAGGGAAUGAAAUAAAUGGAUGAUCUUUAUAAUAAAAAAUAAGAUGUAUAAAUAGAAUGUAUAUGAUCCAAUGAGAUGGAAUGAAGAAUGUUGUUACUAUUUGUCGGAGACAGGGGGCGUUGUUGAGGCUUUUUUUCUUUUAUGAACGUGACAAUUCAAGAUGUUAUAGAAACACUAUCGAGCUUGUUUUCUUCGUGUGUGUCGUCCUUCUUUUCCGUCUCAGCCUGUCUCUUGUUUACGUGUCCCGUGUCUUUCUUCUCCUCCUCCUCCUCCUCCUCCUUUACCUAUUGACACCUUAUUUAAUACUCAUCUCUGCCUGUCACUUGUGAUGCUUUCAGUGCAUUUUGUGUUUUGCGUCCCCUCGCCACCGUUCCUUUAAGAAGUGAAGAAGAUGAAGGAUACCUUGUUAGUGUGAUGCCAUUGCUGCCCUAUGCAAAGCUGACUGCAUGCCUUAUAGUUUCCACACGUGUGGCGUGGUAAUGUUUUAACCUUUGUAAUUAUCUACAUCAUGUCAUAACGUUUUCAUCCACUGAUUAUUUCCAAAAUAAAUCAUGAAUUUAAA